AUGGCUCCUGACAUUUCAGUUCAGACCUUGUGCUCAGAGCUGUCCCGGCUGAACCCGUAUCUUCGGGCUCUGCUCCCUGUAAUGGGCAUCAGGCCAGUGCACACCAGCAGCCAAGGGCUGGCAGAGCCCUGCUCCCUUCCUGGAAGCUCACCUGUCUGCAUCUGUACCAGGCUCCCGCCUUCCCCUGAGAGGGCACUCCAGGCUCCCCUGACCAUCAUACUGGGGCACUCCAAGCCCAACCAUCAUACUGGGGACCAGGUCAAGGGAAUGCAACUCUGCCUUAGGAGUGGACCAGAUGCCCCACUGGGGGAGGCCUCAGCACCGCCCAGGCCCUGCCAUGGACGGCAGGCUCUUCUGCUGGGCCAUCUUUGGGCUCCUGGGAGUAGGCCACAUGGAACCUGGAGUCAGACAAAGCCCUCGCCACCACAUCACAAAGUCGGGACAGAACGUGACUUUGAGGUGUGCCCCAUUCCCGGUCAUCAGUACAUCUACUGGUACCGACAGACCCUGGGGAAAGGGCUGGAGUUUCUGAUGUCCAUCUAUAACAACGUGCCUUCAGAGAAGGCCAACUUUUUAAAGGAUCGGUUCUCAGCUGAGAGGUCUGGUGGCACGUACCUGACUCUGAAGAUCCAGCCUGCAGAGCGGGGAGACUCGGCCCUGUUCCUCUGUGCCAGCAGCUCAGCCACAGCCAUGCACAGACACCGCCUGCCCUUCCACGAACUCUAGAGCUCCUCUGCUCUCCCCAGGCUCUCAGCAGCGCCUGC